GCGCCCGCCUCCUUCUCGGUCACUCAAGGAUGUGCAGCUUUCAGAUGGAGCUGAGGCUUUGAGUUUCUGGAGACCUGUAGAAGCAGUUUGAACGUCCAGACCGGGUUGUUCCAGUGCCAGACUAGACAGGCUGAUUUUGGCUGUUCCUCUUUGUACCUUGCAGCCCCUUGUCGAAGCAGAUGAUGUCUUGGGCUGCCGCCAGCCUGAGAGAGACUGCUGCCCGAUGCUUUCGUGUGCGAUGCCUCGGGUUCCACGUGGGUCCUUGGUGCGUCUUCCAGCAUGAAAACCUCGGCUGUGGUGCAGCUCCACACAGGACGCUGCAUGUCAGCGCGACGACCUCGGCGGGACACAAUAAAUGGUCUAAAGUCCGGCACAUCAAGGGUCCCAAGGACAUGGAAAGGAGUCGAAUCUUCACUAAACUCACUCUCAGUAUCCGCCUGGCGGUUAAAGAGGGAGGCUCUAAUCCUGAGAACAACAGCAGCCUGGCCAACAUCUUAGAGGUCUGUCGCAGCAAGAAUAUGCCUAAGGCUACCAUCGAGUCAGCACUGAAGACGGAGAAAAACAAGGGCAUUUAUUUGCUGUAUGAGGGUCGUGGCCCUGGAGGCUCUUCUCUGCUCAUUGAGGCGUUAUCAAACAGUGGUCCCAAGUGCCAUAUGGACAUUAAAUAUAUACUGAACAAGAAUGGGGGAAUGAUGGCUGAAGGUGCGCGACACUUUUUUGACAAAAAAGGAGUGGUUGUAGUUGGAGUGGAGGAUAGAGAGAAGAAAGCAGUGAAUCUAGAGCGUGCCCUAGAAUUGGCCAUUGAAGCAGGAGCUGAGGAUGUGAAGGAAGCCGAAGACGAAGAAGAAAAGAACCUUUUUAAGUUCAUUUGUGAUGCUUCUUCACUACAUCAAGUGAGGAAAAAACUGGACUCCCUGGGCCUGUGUCCUGUAUCCUGUUCGUUGGAGUUCAUCCCUCACUCCAAGGUGCAGCUGGCUGAACCUGAGCUGGAGCAGGCUGUUCACCUCAUCCAGGCUCUUAACAACCAUGAGGAUGUGAUUCAUGUUUAUGACAAUAUUGAAUAAGCAGACUCGACUAGACGUGUCUCCAGGCUCUUUCCUAGGCCAGCACGAGCUUCUGCAGCAAUCUCAGACUGUAACAGGUGGGAGCCUGUUAGAGACAUGCUGAAAUGGCCUACAGUUUUGGGAAAAAGGGACCCUCAGCUCUGUUGGUAUCACAGAGCCAUCUGGAAUACAAGGUGAGACUGGCCAGCUGGUCUGACUCUGAUCCCAGGUGACUGGCUCUUAUGAAGAGUCUUAAGUGUUCUGUGGUAUCGUAGAGUGGAAAAUGAUCUUCAGUAAUAACAGUAGUGACUUUUGGAUGCUUUAUUGCUGGUA